UGCCCAUCAAGAGUUUAACUUCUCCACCAAUUUCUCCUUAACUCACCCGGAAUUUCUGAAAGAAGCUGAAUUAGACCCUUCUUUGGCAGGACUUGUUUUUCUAGGUUAACUCAACUAGACUUAGUUUUAUUCCAUCUCUUGGGAUUCAUUCUGAAUUAAAUUCUCAUUAAACUCGCCCAUGGAGUGUCCGUGAUGCAACCACUUCCCUUCCAAUCCCUUUUAACCUCCAUGUCAACAUCAAUUCCAAUUCUAAGGAAUGGGGAGAAAUAUAGAACAGACCACAAGACUUCUGGCAACCAGAAUGAGUAUGAAGGCGUGAUGUUUGCUUGGCUGAAAGCAAAGAGAUAAGAUGGGGAAGCCAGCUGCUGGGAGUUACUGGGAUCUUUAAAAAGUCUCACAGCAACACGACUUGCCUCUGCUAUCCAAGGACAGGAGAGACCCUCUGCUCUGCCUAGCCUUAGAGGGAUAGUCACUUGCACUGCCUCCUGGGAUGGAUGUCACCCGCCUACUCCUGGCCACCCUGCUGGUCUUCCUCUGCUUCUUCACUGCCUACAGCCACCUGCCACCUGAGGAGAGGCUCCGAGAUGACAGGAGCCUGAGAAGCAACUCCUCUGUGAACCUACUGGACUUCCCUUCUGUCUCUAUUGUGGCACUGAACAAGAAAUCCAAACAGAUCAGCAGAAAAGAAGCAGAAAAGAAGAGAUCUUCUAAGAAGGAGGCUUCGACGAAGAAAGUGGCGCGGCCCCGGACCCCCCUCUCUGCGCCCUGCGUGGCCACCCGCGACAGCUGCAAGCCGCCUGCACCCGCCUGUUGCGACCCGUGCGCCUCCUGCCAGUGCCGCUUCUUCCGCAGUGCCUGCUCCUGCCGCGUGCUCAGCCUCAACUGCUGAGCGCGCCCUCUCCCGGCCGCGGGCGGGCAGGGCUUUGGGGACGCGGGGCGCUUUUCGGGCGGGUGAUCUCUAACAGGGCGGCUUCCCAGGACUGGGGGCGGGCGGAGGUUGCAGGAGGUGGGAGUUCAGGGAGACCUGGCUUGGGCUAAACUCGAAAUACAAUAUAUAUAGGCUGCU